CCAGGCUGCUCCUAAAAUGGGCAACUCCAGCGGCAAGCCCGUCGUCUUCACAGACGAAGUAAGCCUCGACCACUUUCGACUGCUCCGCGUCGUCGGCAAGGGCGCCUUUGGCAAGGUCCGCAUUGUAGAGCGAAAGGACACUGGUUUGACCUUUGCUCUCAAAUACAUCCGCAAAGAUGAGGAACGACGGAUGCUGGAACAUCUCAACCACCCCUUCUUGUGCAAUUUGCGAUACAGUUUCCAGGACGUCGAGUACCUGUAUAUUGUCGUCGACCUCAUGACUGGCGGCACAUUAGCCUACCUUGCGCCCGAGGUAUACCGUGGCAAGGGUUAUGGAGCCGAGUGCGACUGGUGGUCGUUGGGUGUACUUUUCUACGAGUGUAUUUACAGCAAGCGACCUUUCGAAGGACACCACCACGACCAACUUAUCCAAGCCAUUGUCAAGGGCGAGCCCAACUUCCCCGUUACCAACCCUCCCGUGUCGAUGGUGUGUAUGCACGCGAUCAGCUCGUUGCUGGAANAAGAUAAGACACAAAGAAUCGGCGCGAGCAGCUGGAACAGUUUCACCGACAACCCUUUCUUCCGUGAACUCGACUUCGAUGCGCUGGAGCGCAAGGAAAUUGAACCCAUUUUCAAGCCGUCUAGUGAAAAGACGAACUUCGAUGCUACAUACGACUUGGAGGAAUUGCUACUUGAGGAGGCUCCACUGGAGGCGCGCACCAGGAAACAGAAGCCACGUCCUGAACUACGCCCUGAUGCUACCGAGGCUGAAAUCCGUGCUGACGAGCUGCACCGCAUGAUCGAAACUAUGUUCGAGCCUUUCAACUACCUAACCGUUCCCGAAAACAGGUGCGACUCUUCUUCAUCAAACGACCACUCUGAUCCAACCAGACUGAUGCAUCCCAGGAAUCCUGUCAGCGUCGACGGCGAAUCUCCCGUCACUACAAAGUCAGAUACUAAUGACAGCCAAACUCCCCAAGACCUGCAUAAAGUCCGCUCAAUACCCACUCCUCAUGCCUCUACACCCCACAACGUCUCCCGUACUCGCUCAUCAACACAAUCGCCUAAUGGCUCUCCUCCGCUACCGACUCACCAAGCUCAAAACGCCCCACCUGCACAAUCUGAAUACUUCGCCCAGCAACAACAGAGACUUCCUCGUUCUGAGCGCUACGAAAUACNNCCUCCUCCCGUCCCUCCUACUUCUCACCCGCAACAAGCCAUCAACAAGGCUCACCGUCCUCGUGGCAGCACCCGAAGCACCUCUAUGAGUGGUGGCGUUCAGGUCGUGCUGAACGAAACUGGCAGCUGGAGUGAAAUGGCCAAUCAGAGUCAGACACUCGUUCAACCUCAGGAGGAGCGUAAACCUGCUGGUAUGCUCGGUUUCCUCAGCCGCAAGAAGGGCAGAGACCGAAGCCCCAAGGCUAAGGAGCGCGAACGUGGUGUUCUAGGCAAAGAGGGUGCCAGAGUUGUUGUUGGAAGC